GUUCAUAGACAUACAUAAGAGUUUUCCAGUCUUGCUUAUUUUCAAAAUGGAUGCGCCCUUAACAGCACGUGAACUCUUCACAAAGGCUGUGAAAGCUGUUUUGGAAACAUGGCCAGUGCUGCAAAUCGCAGUGGAUAAUGGAUUCGGUGGGAUUUACAGUCAGCAAAAAGCAGACUGGAUGGUUGAUGCUGUACAGCAGUACUUCCAUGAAAAUGCUAACUUGCAGCAGGAUGAAGUGGAGGAUUUCCUUGCAGACUUGAUGAACAAUGAGUUUGACACUGUGGUUGACGAUGGCAGUUUGCCUCAGGUGGCGUUGCAAGUGAGUCAGUUCUUCAGGCAGUGUGAACAAGGGAAGUUGUCAGAGGUCGAAGGUCAGAUCGGCAAGCUGUCACAGAAGAAGGCUACUGGGAGGGCCAGGGCAACACCAGUGCAAACCCCUGCCAAUGAGGAAGAGGAAGAUGAGAGCGACGGAGUGGAAGAGGAGGGUGCAGAGGCUAUGGACUGUGAAGAAGGGACAGAGGCAAAAUCCUCAACCAAGUCACCCAAAGCGAAAGACCCCCCUCCCCCACCUAGCACAGACACGGAUGCUGAUGGUUGGACAGUGGUGCGCAGGAAGAAGUGACUGGCCUUGUUAAAGUGAAAGAGGAAGAGGACGAGGAGUGUGAGGAAGCACUUGGGACAUGCUUGCUGAACUGGCUGAAUGCUGGUAGACACGCACAUUACCUAUCUAAGGUAUAGGUCUGUGUGUGUGCCUUCAUCCACACCGUUAGCCCAGGAUUAUGUGGGCCUCAAGAACUCCUUUUCUCUUUUUUAAUGAAUGAACUGCGUACUGUUUUUCAAAAAGGAAUAAGCGGAUGUUGAUAACCAAGACUUGAUGUCAACCAGUUCUGUGUCAAGCACAUCUAUAUUUAUUCAGCAUUUAAUGUGGUUUGUAUUUUCUUUGUACUGUUUGGAUUGUUUUGCUAAAUAUUGUAAGAUACAAUAGACUCAUUCUAUAAUAUGAAACUUGCGCAAUGAUCAGCAUUUACAGUGUUUGUAUUUGCCAGUUAUAUGCAGAAAAAGUCAUAUUAAAAGGAGAAACGAUUUUUGUAAGGCAUUCACCUUAAAUAGCGAUAUUUCAAAAAGCCAGACUUGAUGUUUUUACUUUUGACCACGAUCCAUGAAAAUAAUGACUUUAUAACAUAAGGAAUUUUGUUUCACUUGGCUUAGUCAACAUCUACUAGUAACAAAAAGUACCAAUGUUCAGUGUGGGAGUAUUAAACUGCUUUAUUUGA